GAGAGGGAAGGGCAUGGCAUUGGGACGAUCGAUCGAGCUCUCGCUCCAGAGAUUUCACCAUCGAUCGCAUUCUUGCUCCUCCAUGGCGCCCAGCACUGCUGCAUUGUCCCAUGGUCUGGUGGCAUUCAGGAGGCCUCGGCUUAGUUCCAGCAGCGCUAGUUCGUCCAGGAGCACCAAUUUGAGGAGCAGUGGCUUCCAAUGUCGAGAAAUCUUGCAAAGUACCCGGCGUGUCGGAGCGAUUGCCGACGGGGGUGUCGCGAUAGGGGCGGAGGAGGCGAAUGGAUUGGUAGAGCAGCUCCUCUCCAUGGUGCAAAGCUCGGAUCGAGGAGCAGCAUUGCGCAGUGAGCAUCACCAGAGCGUUGCGGAGAUUGUCCGCAAGCUCGAAGGAUUAAACAUUCCUCCAGAGCCUUUACAAAGUCCAUUGAUCUUCGGAGACUGGGAUGUGGAGUACUGCUCCAAUCCAACAGCCCCUGGAGGCUACUACCGCAGCGCGCUGGGAAGAUUUUUCCUCGCAACCGAAGCAAUGAUCCAGACUGUGAAAGCUCCCGACUUUGUGGGCAAUUCAGUCUCGUUCUCUCUGCUUGGAAUCCUCAAAGGCCAAGUCUCUCUCAAAGGCAAGCUGGUAGCUCUGGACGAGAAAUGGAUCGAGAUAACGUUUGAUCCUCCAUUUCUAAAGCUUGGCCCGAUCGAAGCGCAGUAUGGCAAGAGCAGCAAAGUUAAGAUCGCUGUUCUGUACGUGGACGAGAAAAUCAGGCUGGGAAGAGGCUCCAGAGGGGCAGUCUUCGUGUUUAAACGAAGAUAGUAAAAUCAGAUCUCCACCGCACGAUCUUGCGAAGCGAAUGGACGGCGGAGGAAUCGCCUAGCUUGCUAAAA